CUUGUAGAGAUGUUAAAAUAACCGUUGACCCAUAUUGUUUGGAUAACUAAAUGGAUAAAUGGAUCAUUAGGUAUUUCUGAAUAGCAAUUGUUUGCAUAUGGCCGAUUCUGCAGUUUUAUAGUCGGUUCUAAGACCAUUUUUAACCAAUAUGGAAGACACCAACAAUGAAGAAUAUGUAGACCCGUGGUGGGGAGAAUAUUUAGAGAGAAGGCGCAUUUAUGAUUUAAUUGAAGAUACAUUGUCUUUCAAAAUCAUCACUGAUGAUUAUGUCAAAUUACUGCUGUGCUCAGCAAUAUCACUAGCUGACAUUUACUUAGUAACAAGAAUUUGGAGGAACCGUCACUUAAGAUGCACAAAGGCCAAUGAAUAUAUCCUGCAUUAUAUUAUCUGUAAUCUUUUAUUAACUGCAUUUUUAGUUAUAAAAAUUUCUAUAGAAGUGCUUUUAAUAUUAUCCCAGAAGGAGAGAAUUAAAAGUAGAGAGAAUUUCUUUCGUUCUUAUAAUAGCUGUAUCGAAAAACAACUUGAAACUACUGCCUUACUAUGUUUUUUCCUCUGCGCUUUUGGACUUACACUGGAUUGGCUAAUAACAGUGCCCUUCAAGUUGAUAAGACCUCUCUUUCAAAAAAUCAUCAACAACCUCAUAUUAAUGAUCUAUGGUAUAGCUUUAAUGAAGAUUUAUUUUGAUGUUAUUUGUCCAUCAAAAAAUGUUAAAUGGAUGAAAGUAGCUACGCAAGUUCUCUGCAUAUCGAUAGCAAUUUUUGUACUACUCUGUAAUUUUAAACGAAAAUCAAUCUACAAAGAAAGGAACUAUUCCUUAACUAUAGCCAGUGUUAUGGUAUGCUGUUGCGUUCCUUUUUCAAUAUAUGUUCUUGUUAUCGAAUUAAUAAUGAUUGACAAAGAUAUGUUUAGUUUUGUUCUGUACAUAACUUAUUUUAUUCCGCAGUAUUUGGCAUAUACCAGCUCUAUUAUCAGCGUCGCAUGGUUAGCUAUAAUCAAAAAGAAGUUUAGAGAUGCAUUGAAAAUUAGAUGCCAUGAUCAUAUUGGAAAUUAUUACACUGACUGCGAAUAUUGUAGUGCUUGGAAUAUUGACCAAAGUGUGGACAAAGUUAAAGAAAGUAUAGCAGAAGAAGAGCAGGAAGUAGAUAUAGCUCCAAGCAAACAGCCGACAUAAGUCUGCUUUAGCUAGGGAUGGGAAAAACCUACCGGUUUUAACCUAAAACCGGUUUUUUUACUUCGCAGUAACCGGUUUUACCGGUUGUUUUUUUGUCCCGGUUAUAACCGGUUUUUUCCUUUUAAAGUACCGGUAUAACCGAAAACCGGUGUUUUGUCAAAAACCGCCAUCCCUAUAGCUCAAAGCCCGAAGCUUUACCUGUUAUUAUUUUUUUAUGUUCUGUAUUAAAUAAGUUCUGAUUUU